AUGAGCUGUUUUUGUGUUUCAAGAAAACACAAAGAUCGCACGGAGCAAGAGGAAUAUUUAAAGCCGGAACGGCAAGAGGAACGGUCAGUGGAUGAGGAGAAAGACAACGGCGAAGGUAUGAAAACUGAUACCUGGAAAAAAGUUGACUCCAAGUUGGAGUUUCAUAGCUUUGUAAACUUCUCCAAGGAGUAUGCCAAGGAUGACUUUGAGAACAAUCUGCUGUUCAAGGUAGGGAAUAUAGAUUGCUGUUCAAGGUAGGGAAUAUAGAAAACUACAAGAAUAUGAACUGUCACGCAUCUGAAUUCUUACCUGUUUAUUUUUAGACAGCUGAUCCGUCAAUUAUCCAAAAAAUAUUCAAAUUUAAGGGAUACUCUUAUUUGAAGGUGACUGAAGACAAAGAUAACCAUGAAACAGGUAAAUUAAACCUUAAAAUCACUCUAUGACCAAUCAUUUGUUUAGUUUUCAAGCUAGUUUCUCAGCUCACGCCAACGUCCGAAUUCACGUAUGGCAUCAAGAGUGUGCCCGAUUUGGUGAUGGCUUUUGUAUUUUUAAACCGACUUUUGGAGAAAGUAGAUAAACAACUGACGGUGGACAUUGAUGGAUACAGCAAGAAGAUCGACUGGUUGACAGCUGAAGUCGCGGAGAAAGCGGGAAAAUUGUUAGCUGGUAAUAAAGUUUGACUUAAAAUUUGUUGCUCUGUAAGAAGUAGCCGAGCUAAUAUUACACCUUCCAGAAUCCAACUCACCUAUUCGAUUUUCACUCAGUAUCGCUGAAAAUGUCAAUGAGCUUGCUUUGGAGCAAUUUACACCGUUUUUGAAGCAAAUUGGGAAAAACUUAAAGCGUGUAUCUUGUGGAGCGGAGAACCUUUCGAUGCUUAAAGGUUACCAAGUUGAUCAACUCAACCUGAAUGCUCGGGACGACGAAAAAACUCCUAGUAAGUGCUAUUCUGACUAUUAGCGUACACCAAAAAUUGUUUAGACAUCCAAGCUUUGCUGGAGGUCAAUGCCAAGGAAAUCGAGUGCCGUGCUCUGUCCAUGGCCGAGUUCUAUGGGAAAAGGUGAGAAGAAAGCCAUGGUUGUAGAUGAGGAACUAGCUUAAUACCGAAAUUAAAGCAUAUCUUUUACUGUCGAAUUUCAAAACGUUAACAGAAGUCAUAAGCGAAGAUUUCUAGCAGACUUAAUAGAAAAUGUUAGUGUUGAGACCAGACGCUUCCCUUGUCAAAAGUGUUCUUACAAAACGUGCUAUAUAACGCUGAUUUAGCUAUCCACCUCAAUCCCGGACCGAAUCUCUGGAGUGCAAGAUCCCCUUGGAAAAUGAGAAGGCUGAUUUCUUCGAGAAAACGUUCAGCAAUAUUGCAAGAACCUUUCCCAACCUAAAAAACUUUGUUCUUUCCGAUCGAGUCUAUGUGACCCAUAAUACUGUAAGCCACACGAGAUCAAUUUGUUAGGACACUUUUUAGGCUAUUGAAAAGACCGUUGAAUUAAUUGCGGCUAACGUCAACAAAGCGCUCGGCCGAACUUCGUAUUUGGCCGACAUCCGAGCCGAGAUUCUGAUCAGAUUUGAAGCCGGCAAUCAAUACGAAAAGGUGGCAAAACUCUUGAUGAAAGCGUUGCCGGACUUGGAGACAAGUGGGGCUCCUGAUGAUUCGAAUGGGCUUAUUUUGGGAACACUCCAACAUUACACGGAGAAGAAGAAUGUUCACAUCGAGGUCAUCCAGGAAACAGAGGCUGGAGCUUUGGAUGACGCGUGA